ACCCUAGUACUGCUAAAAGUUAACAGCUUUUAGCAUGCUGAUGUCACGUUAAGAAAGCGAUUAAGCAUGUCAGUACGUUGUUUUGGAGGGUACAAGGCAACAAUGUAAACAAUGACAUGGCAUUAUGUAGUGGUAAAGUAGUUGUUAGCCAUGUGUGUUGCUCUUUAUGUGUAUAUUAUGCAGCUCCUUAGCAUGCUGAUGUCACGUUAAGAAAGCCAUUAAGCAUGUCAGUAUGUUGUUUUGGGGGGUUUUAGAGGGUACAAGGCCAGUUGUAAACAAUGACAUAGCAUUAUGUAGUGGUAAAGUAGUUGUUGUUGCUCUGUAUGUGUAGCAGGUUUUGUAAUGUGUGUAAAGAAUGUCCUGACAGCUGGGAUUUUCACAAUAAAGCUCACAGCCCAGCUUUGUCGUCGCUCCCCUUUUUCUCUGCCUCAGACCAAAACAAACCAGACCUACUCUGUCACGAAGCUAAGAAGAAGAAUAAGAAGGGGAAGACCCUCACUCUGACUGACUUCCUGGCAGAGGACAAGGGAGGCAGCAGCAACGCACCCCCCAGCUACCCAGCCAAGUCCACUAGCUGGGCCGACGAGACUGAUGACCUGGACGGAGAUGUCACGACCUCGUGGCACACUGAUGAGGAUUCAUACCGGGCACCGGCCAUUGACCGGUCCGUCCUGCCCACAGCACCUCGCUCAGCUCGUGAACCCAAUGUCGACCGGUCCCGACUGCCCCGCAGCCCGCCUUACACGGCCUUCCUGGGCAACCUACCCUAUGAUGUCACGGAGGACUCGAUCAAAGACUUCUUCCGCGGCUUGGCAAUCAGUGCAGUGCGUCUGCCUCGAGAGCCCAGUAACCCAGAGAGGCUGAAGGGCUUUGGCUAUGCUGAAUUUGAUGAUGUGGACUCUCUCCUGAGGGCCCUGAGUCUCAAUGAGGAGAACCUGGGAAACCGAAGGAUCCGUGUAGAUAUUGCAGACCAGUCUAAUGAUAAAGAGAGAGACAACGGAUCUAUGGGAGGCAGAGACAGGGGUGGACGGAUGUCGGACUUGGGGCCUGACAAGACGGACACUGACUGGAGGGCUCGGCCCAGUUCAGAUGCCGACGAUGGACCUCCCAAGAGAGAUGAUGCCUUUGGAGAGAGACCACGGGGGGACCGCUAUGAGUCGGAUCGUUUCAGAGAUGGAGCACGGCAGGGCAAUGACCGCUAUGAUGGAGGAAGAGACCGCUUCAGGGAUCGCUAUGACGACAGGGACCGUAGAGACUACGAUAGAGGAGGUUUUGACUCUCGUGGUGGUAGUGGAGGAGGUCGUCGUGCCUUUGGCAGUGGCUUCCGUCGCGAUUACGAUGACAAUCGGGGCAGCAGUGAUCGUUAUGGGGGUGACCGGGACCGGGAUCGUUACGGGGGUGACCGUGGUGGGGAACGUGGUGGGGAACGUGAGGACCGGUACGAGAGAAGGGAUGAGAGGCGCGAGGAACGUGGUGGCGGCGGCGGCGGCCCCGGAGAAGGUGAGGCUGGUGGGCAGAGACCCAAGUUGAACCUUAAGCCCCGUAGCGUGCCUAAGGAGGAGGAAGGUAGCGGUGGCGGCGGCGGUGGUGGUGGUGGCGGCGGUAGUGGUGGCGGCAGCAGCAGUGGUGGUGUCUCCCCAGCUGCAGCUCCGAGCUCCGGCAGCAGGACCUCAUCCAUCUUUGGUGCGGCCAAGCCGGUUGACACAGCAGCCAAGGAGAGGGAGGUAGAGGAGAGGCUCAAGAAAGAGGAAGAGAGGCUGCAGAGGCAGCUGGAGGAGGACAAAGGCCGCGGCGGAUCUGACCGAAAGAUACGAGACAGGGAUCCAAGCUGGCGCACUGAAGAAUCUCAUCCUCAGCGAUCUCGCACAGGAAGUGAGUCUUCACAGCAAGGAAGUACUUCUGGAAGAGGCUCCCGGUGUCGAGAUAACGAGCGCUCCGGGGAGAAUGAGGUUUUCAGUGGGAGAGAAGGCGAGCCCUCCUCCCCCGGGACCUCACCGCUGCCCCCCUCUACCAUCUGCUCCAAGGAGCCGCUGAAGGUGAUGCCUGCUCCUCCUCCAAAGGAGAACGCCUGGGCCAAGAGAAGUGCAGCCAGCACAAGCUCUAACGAGGGUGAUGGACGACCUCCAGUCUCUCCUGUCUCCCCAGGUGGUUCAGCUCCUCCCAAACUCAGCUCCCCGAGUUCUGCGGAUGAAAUAGAAUCUGGAAAAGAUGAGAACAAGGCUGACGGUGUGCGCCGGGACCGGGGGCCCCCGCGGGCACGAGGGGGUCCUGCAGGGCCUGGAGCAGGGCGGGGCCGAGGAGAGGGGCCCAACAGAGACCGAAGAAAGGAGGCCGACAGAAAGGAUAACAGAAGAGACCGAGACUCCAGACCACCCCCAGAGCCAAAGAAAUUCGGAGAGCCCCCAACCCCCAAGUUCAGCUCAGCCAGUAAGUACGCCGCUUUGCUAAUGGACGGAGACCAAGGAGACGACGCAGAGGACGUAGAAUAGAGAGAAAAUAACAAGAGAAGGCCACGAAGGCGCAAGAAGAAGAAGAAGAGGAGGAAAACUACGACCGCAGAAAAAAUAAUCUCACAUAGCUUAUGAAAAAACUCCUCACAUGGAAGAGGCUCCUGGGGAGGACAUCACUCCCUCCUUCCUUUCCUCCUACAAAACCUGUCCUUUCCUUUCGAAACACCCGCCCUCCCAUCCUCCCUCCCUCCCCCCCCGGCCACACCUUCAGGACUAUUCAGCUUCUUAAGAAUAGUCGCAUACUGGACUUGUUUUAAAUGGGAAAAAAGGAGUAGCUGACACAUGGAAAAAGUGAUGGAUAACAUUGAAUUAAUUGUAAUAAAUAAACGGAAAAAGUGGGGAAAAAAUGAAUUUGUAUAUUUGUGGAUCACAGGUGUGGUGGAUGAUAUGACAGAAGAUGUAGUUUACUAAGUGGAACCUGUUUUUCAAUUUUUAUCAACUUUUGACUUAAUGACUUGCAUAAUUCCCAAAUUAAAUGCAUUACUAUUCAUUAAAAGCCCUUUUUUAUUCAUUAGUAAAUUAUUUGGUAUUAUUUUUAAAUCUUAAAUCAAAUUUAUUCCUGAAAAUUGGUCAAGAAUAUCCUGUCUUCCGAUACUAACAGUCGUGAAUGUUGAGACUGGUUACUAAUUUAAAAACAUUUAUCAUGUGUGCACCUUUCAGCAAAGCAUUGAUUGAAUUUGUUCCAAACUGAUUCCCAGUAUUGCAAGAGAGGACUGUGUGAUGGACUAAAGUAUUGCUGGUAUGUCGGAAGAAAAAACAGCCGCUGCAUGAUUCUCACUCAUAGAGAAUCAAUCAAGUGCCAUUACUAUUGUCCCCAAUCAUUGUACCAAUGUCUCUCUAUUUCUACACCUUCUGAUGAAAUAAUCAAAUCGAUUAAAGGCUCAUAAUGGUCGUUUCCAGCCGUCUUAAAGAUUCUCCACAGCUGUCUAAAUCAUUCACUCUUCCUGAAGGGAGGAAUACAAAUAUUUGGGGAAAGUCUGCCUAUAGCAGGAUGUGAGGAUUUCCAUGAGAUUACAUGAACCUGUCUUCCAAUUUGCAAUAAAUUGGGGUCAUUACGUGCA